AUGACCACGACGAUACCCACACUUUCAGGAGUGAAUGCCUCACACAAUGACCAGGUCUGCAGCACAUGGGGUAACUACCAUUUCAAGACCUUUGACGGGGACUUUUUCCAGCUCCCCUCCACCUGCAACCAUGUUGUGACAUCACUGUGUAAGAGCAGCUAUGAGGCUUUCAACAUCCAGAUGAGGAGGCAGGUGGUGGACAACCAGCCCACCAUUAGCAAGAUCACCAUGAAAGUGGAUGGUGUAGUGGUGGAGCUAUCCAAGGGUGUUGUUGUGGUCAAUGGGCAGACGGUUACCCUGCCAUUCAGCUUGUCUGGAGUCAGCAUCGUGAAGACUACAUCCAAUGUGAAGGUCGUAGCCAAACUGGGGCUGGUUGCCAUUUGGAACAAGGAUGACUCCCUAAUGAUUGAAAUGAACGAGAAGUACAGAAACCAGACCUGCGGACUCUGUGGUGACUUCAAUGAAGUCCAAGCAUAUAACGAGUUCAUCAUCAAUGGUGGGGAACUCUCUAGCUCUGACUAUGGAAACCUCUGGAAAUUGGAUGGCCCUCUGGAAGUCUGUGAGGAGCCUAUGCUAACUUCUGCAGAGAGUUGUGGAGAUGAGGAGUUUUGUCAGCAGCUGUUCUCCAAUGCAGCUUUCAGUAGCUGCACAAAUUAUUUGGACAUGGACUCCUUCGUCAAGACCUGCCUGGCUGACCUGUGCCACUGUGAUAACAGCACCAACUCCUUCUGCCUGUGCAACACCAUCUCAGAGUACUCCCGUCAGUGUGUUCACGCAGGGGGGAAGCCACAGCAAUGGAGGACUAAACAGUUCUGCUAUAAGACAUGCCCCUAUAACAUGGAGUACCAGGAGUGUGGAAGCCCCUGUGUUGACACCUGCUCCAACCCAGAGGCCAGCCAGUUGUGUGAAGACCACUGUACAGACGGCUGCUUCUGUCCUCUAGGUACUGUUUUUGAUGAUGUUAGCAACAGUGGCUGUAUUCCAGUGAGCGAAUGCCUUUGUGUCCACAAUGGACAAGUAUACAAAUCUGGAGAAUCUUAUACCAGCAACUGUAAAGAAUGCACCUGUGCUGGUGGUCAGUGGGCCUGUACGGACAAGGACUGUCCUGGGACCUGCUCUGUGGAGGGAGGAUCCCACAUCAACACCUAUGAUGGGAAAGCCUACACCUUCCAUGGGGACUGCUCUUACAUUCUGACCAAGCAAUGCAAUGGAACUGAAUUCACCGUGCUGGGAGACAUUGUGAAGUGUGGGUUGACUGACACUGAGACCUGUAUGAGGGCUGUUACCCUAGCCCUCUCCAGCAGAUCCACCGUGAUCCAAGUCCAGUCAUGUGGAAGUGUUUUUGUAAAUCAGAUUCUUUCUCAGCUCCCACUCUAUACAGCUGAAGUGACCAUCUUCAAGCCCUCCUCAUUCUACAUUGUUAUCCAGACAACCCUUGGAGUUCAACUUCAGAUCCAGCUUUCACCAGUUAUGCAGAUCUACAUAACUGCCAUCUCAUCCUACAAAGGAACAACCUGUGGCCUUUGCGGAAACUACAAUGAUGUUCAGGCAGAUGAGUUCAGAGUCAUCAGUGGAUUGGUGGAGGGCACAGCUGUAGCUUUUGCCAACACGUGGAAGACCAUGGCCAGCUGCCCUGAUGUCAAGAGUAGCUUUGAAAACCCCUGCAGUUUGAGCAUUGAAAAUGAGAAAUAUGCCCAGCACUGGUGUUCCAUGUUAUCAGAUCCUAAAGGAGUGUUCUCCCCUUGCCAUUCUGAAAUAAGACCUGAGACCUACAAAACCAACUGCAUGUAUGACAGCUGUAACUGUGAGAAGAGUGAGGACUGCAUGUGUGCUGCCGUGUCCUCUUAUGUCCACGCUUGUGCUGCCGAGGGCAUCCAGCUCAGUGGCUGGAGAGACACUAUCUGCAAUAAAUUCGCCACCUGCCCCAGUCAAACAGUAUAUACCUACAACAUGACCAGCUGUGGACGCACCUGCCGCUCCCUGAGUAUGACAGACCGAUCUUGCCAGGUGGAGUUUGUUCCGGUGGACGGCUGUGGCUGUGCAGAGGGCACCUACAUGGACGAGGCUGGCCAGUGUGUUGCCCCCACCAACUGUCCCUGCUAUGACAAGGGCUCAGUGGUCCCUGCAGGAGAGGCUAUCAGCAGAGACGGUGCCACCUGCACUUGCAGACAAGGGACACUGAGUUGCACUGGCGGAGCAAGUAUAUCCCCAGUAUGCACACAGCCUAUGGUUUUCUUCAACUGCUCAACUGCACCUCCAGGAGCUUCAGGGUCAGAGUGUCAGAAGAGCUGCAAAACUCUGGACAUGACCUGUAUCAGCACAGAGUGCACAUCAGGUUGUAUGUGCCCCACCGGACUGGUGUCUGAUGGGAACGGAGACUGCAUCAAGGAGGAACUUUGUCCUUGUUCUCACAAUGGAGCUACUUACCAAGCUGGAGAGACCGUUAAGGUUGACUGCAAUACAUGUACUUGCAAGGACAGACAAUGGCAGUGUACCACACAUCUUUGUGAUGGAGUUUGUGCAAUCUACGGAGAGGGUCACUAUAUCACUUUUGAUGAGAAAAGGUUUAACUUUAAUGGAAACUGUGAAUACACUCUCAUUCAGGACUACUGUGGCAAUACUAAUGGCAGUGGCAGCUUCAGAGUCCUCACUGAGAACGUUCCUUGUGGAACUAAAGGCACCACCUGCUCCAAGACCAUCAAGCUCUUCCUGGGGACCAGUGAGCUCAUAUUGGCAGAUGGGACCGCUCAAGUUGUCAGGAGUACUCCAGAAGAGCAGUUUCCUAAACAGAUCAGUCUUCUGGGGAAUUAUCUGGUCAUUGAAGUCAAAAGUGGUCUAAUCCUCAUGUGGGACAAGAAGACCAGUCUGUCUAUCAAGCUUAGCCCACAAUACCAGGGGCAAGUGUGUGGUCUGUGUGGAAACUAUGAUGGCAACGCAAUCAAUGACUUCACAACUAGAGCCCAGGCGACUGUUGUUGAUCCGGUGGAAUUUGGAAACAGCUGGAAAGUUUCAUCAAGCUGCCCAAGUGUAUCCGCUGUAGUGCAUCCAUGUACCUCCAACCCGUACAGAGCGUCUUGGGCCCAGAAACAGUGCAGCAUCAUUAACAGUGAUGUCUUCGCAGCCUGCCAGAACCAGGUGGAUCCCUCUCCUUACUACGAUGCUUGUGUGAGAGACUCAUGUGCUUGUGACAGUGGUGGAGACUGUGAGUGCUUCUGUACCGCAGUGGCAGCUUAUGCAAAGGCCUGUAAUGAAGCUGGAGCAUGCGUAGCCUGGAGAAGCCCCCGAAUUUGCCCACUGUUCUGUGAUUACUACAACCCCCCUGGAGAAUGUGAGUGGCACUACAAGGCAUGUGGAGCUCAGUGUAUGAAGACCUGCAGAAACCCUUCCGGAGACUGUUCUAGUUUAAUUCCAGCAUUGGAAGGCUGCUAUCCUAACUGCCCUGCGGCACAACCUUACUUCAAUGAGGAGACAAUGAAGUGUGUAGAGAGGGAACAAUGUGGCUGCUAUGACUAUGAAGGAAACCAGUACACCAAAGGACAGAAUGUUCCGGCACAAAACUGUGAAACAUGCACCUGCACAAUGACUGGAGUGAGCUGCAGUUAUGAUGUAAAUGAUUGUACAUGCUUGUAUAAUGGUAAACAACACCCAUAUGGAGCAACCCUCUACAAUACAACAGAUGGGAUUGGUAACUGCAUUGUUGCUGUUUGUGCCGCGAACGGAACCAUUGCCAGGAACAUUUACCCUUGUCAAGUGACCACAACUCCAGUACCAACCACAACAUCCCCUCUGACCACAACAACUGUCCAUGCAACUACAACACAGGCCUCUACAACAACACUAAAGCCCACAACUGUCUUCCACUUCUCAACACCUGAACCAACAUCUACUUCAACUUGGUCAUCCAAUAUUGGCACCACAAAUCCUUCAACUACAACAUCAGGAGCAAGUACAGUCACAAUUUCCAAACCGACAACUGUAACUACAACAACUAAGGUACCCUCAACAAGUACAGAAGUAGCUACAUCGACCACAGCUGAAUCUUCAACAAAGGAAGAAACCACAACUGAGACCAUUAUAUCUACAAAGCCCCCUACAUUUGUCACCAAUGGUACAAUAACAACGUCAUCACAUUUCACCACCAAAACUUCAGUGACUUCGAUUGCGCCAAUAACAAAAACACUACCUUACCUUACAGCCACCUUGUGGCCUUUAACAUCAACAACACAGCCCUCAACAACAACAGAAUCAGUCAUUACAGGUGGAAUAUUGACAACAGAGCCUCACUCCCAAAUUACCAAUACAAACAUCCGGGAUAUUCACACACACCAAAGCAUCAUCAUCUACAACAGUAAUUGUUGAAGACUCUACCUCUACAUCAGAGCCCUCUACUUCAACCACAACUACAAAGGCACCAACAACA